AACUUUGAAGAUUGACCCACGUCUCCUGUUCCGAUGCCUUCCAAGUUCCGCCACGCGUUCAUCUCAUAUAGAUAUAAAGCCCAACUCCCCCCUUCCCCCACUCUCAGGCUCUUACAAACAUCGUCAUCCAAGACCAGCUGCCUUGUAAUACAUCUCUCGUCUCCAUUCUUCUUCAACCCUUUUUGUCUCAGCAAUCAAUUUUACAUUACAAUGGAGAAUACUGAAGGAUACAGUCCAAACCUCGUCUUUGCUUUCUAUUUAGUUGGUUUUGUUGGGUUCCCCAUCUUUCAAAGAAUUCAAAAUUCUGCAAUCAGAAUUCUCCAGUUUUACUCAGGUUUUUUUCAAUCCCAACUAGACGUUGUAGUUGAUACUGAUUUGAAUGUUCAACCUAAGAAGAAAAGCCCAAAUCCUCAACGUUUGAACAAACAGUUAAGCUUUCAUGAGAAGGUAGAUGAUGGAAAGCUAUGCCGAGGAGUAGAGAUGGUGAUGGAGAAGUUGGGCAUCUCUUGUGACCCAGAUGGAGAGAAGCUUCAGGAGAAACUGGGUUUGGACGGGCUUUUGCACCUGUUCGAGGAAAAGGACCCUACCUUCGAGGAGCUGAAGGAAGCUUUUGAGGUGUUCGAUGAGAACAGAGAUGGGUACAUUGAUGCAGGGGAGCUACAGAGAGUUCUCUUCGACCUGGGCUUCGUGGAAGGAUUGGAGUUGGGGGACUGCAAGAGGAUGAUUGCAGCCUUUGACACCAAUGAAGAUGAAAGGAUUGAUUUCAAUGAAUUUGAGAAAAUUAUGGAGAAUAGCUUUUGCUGAAUUUUUUCUUUCUUUUGUAAAGUGAUUGAUAUUUCAGUGGCAGAUUUUAGAUUCAAUUGAAACAAUUGAAACAAAUAAUUUGUUGGCUUA